UUAGAAAAAGAGAAAGUCAAAAUAAGGGGGAUAGUCUCUCAGCUGCCUCAAACCCCUUUGCCAGCCAUUCUUUACACCAAAAACCAAACAAACCCCUCUCUUUAGCGGUUACAAAGUCCACUACAAAACCUAGAUUUUCUAUUUUAUCACCCCCAAUUUUGCUUUUCUUGUCAUGUUUCUGAAGAUUUACGAUCGGUUCUGAAUUUCGAGGUUAGGGAGGCUGAAUUACUGCUACAUGGGUAAUUUAUGCUUCAAUUCUGUUUCCAAGCUUGCAGGUGCACAAUCAUCAAAUGGGUCGGGCAAGGGACGAGGCCACCAAGGGACGGUUAGAUAUGGGUUCACCCUAGUGAAAGGGAAGGCUAAUCACCCGAUGGAAGAUUAUCAUGUUGCCAAAUUCAUUCCUUAUCAAGGACGUGAGCUCGGACUCUUUGCUAUUUACGACGGACAUCUAGGGGAUAGCGUGCCUGCCUAUCUUCAAAGGCAUUUGUUUUCCAAUAUCCUAAAGGAGGAUGAGUUUUGGACGGAUCCAAACCGGUCGAUUUCGAAAGCCUAUGAAAGAACCGAUCAAGCAAUUCUUUCUCACAAUCCCGACCUAGGAAGAGGUGGGUCCACCGCAGUUACGGCGAUUCUUAUCAACGGUCGCAAAUUAUGGGUGGCAAAUGUCGGAGAUUCUCGGGCAGUUCUUUCGAGGAGAGGGCAUGCAAUUCAGAUGAGCGUCGAUCAUGAGCCCAAUACCGAGAGGGGCAGUAUCGAAAAUCGAGGAGGGUUCGUCUCCAACAUGCCAGGAGAUGUAGCAAGAGUGAACGGACAACUAGCAGUAUCGCGUGCUUUUGGAGACAAGAAUCUCAAGAAUCAUUUACGUUCCGAUCCCGACAUAAAACACCGAGAUGUCGACGCGGAUACCGAGAUCCUCAUCCUCGCAAGCGACGGUUUAUGGAAGGUUAUGACGAACCAAGAAGCAGUGGAUUUAGCGAUAAAGAUCCGUGACCCAGAAAAGGCGGCCAAGCAACUCGCCAUUGAAGCACUGAAUCGAGAAAGUAAAGAUGAUAUAUCGUGCAUCGUGGUUCGUUUCAAAUGAUUGAAGAAGAAGAAGAAGACGACGAGUAUGUGCAGUAUAAGAUGUAAAUUAUGGAGGGUUUUUUUUUUAUAAUUUGCAGGAUUUAAAGAUUUACAAAGUCGAUCGCCAUCGAAAGGACGGUUUCUUUUCGUUUUCUGUUUUAACGAUAUCGAAGUGUUUGCGUUAUUUUUUGAUUUCUUGAAGGUUUAGAUUUAUAUACUUUUGGGUUUUGAUGGCAAGAUUUGAAGGAAUUAUACA